AUGUUAGAAUCUACAAAACCAUGCUUCACUUCACAAUUCAACCGAGCUAAAAGCCUUCUCCGAAAGCUAAACUUGUUGAAAAAUUGUAAAAGCACCAACUUAAGCUCAUAUUUUCAAGCCAUAGAAUCCUUGACAAACCCGAAACAACUCUUCAACCUCAUCGACACAAAUGGAGACGGCAAAAUAUCAACCGCGGACCUCAAACGCGUCUUUCUAACGUUAGGCCACGACAAGAAAAGGGCCUCUAAAGAAGCCGAGCUAAUGAUGAACGAAAUGGACUUCAAUGGUGACGGUUUUGUCGACUUGGACGAGUUUGUAGCCGUUGUGGUGAAAAACGAGCAAGAUUCCGAAAAUCGUGGGAUUUUUAAGGAAAGUGAUGAGAUCAUGGAAGUUUUUCGGGUGUUUGAUGUGAACGGCGAUGGUUUGAUCUCGGCCGAAGAGCUUCAUAGGGUUCUUGUGAGGGUUAGGUGUGGAAAAUGCAGUGUGAAGGAGUGUAAGAAGAUGAUCAAAGGGGUUGAUAGAGAUGGUGAUGGGUUUGUGAGUUUUGAGGAGUUUAAGUUUAUGAUGGUUAGUGGUGGAUCCUAG